AUGACUAAAGACUCUCCACAUAUUCAUCUUAAUCUCAGCGAUUAUAAACAUCCUUUCAGGUUGAUGUUUGGAUUUGGGUACAAUGAAUGGAAUGACACCUACCAAGUUGUGCUAUUGGAUAAUAAUAAUAAGAAUCAAUCGCAGAAACUGGAAGUAAGAGUUUGCUGUUUAGGAGAUACUAGUUGGAGGAAUACUUUAACUUGUGAUGCUGUUGCCACUGUAGGUAGGCGUAGAUGGCGUGAAACUUGUGAUGCUUUUGUGAGUGGGACUUUAAAUUGGUUAGUAUUUCCCAAAUCCCGCUGUAGUGAUGAUGAACGAGGAGGAACUAAAAUGAACGAGUUAGAAAUAUUUUGUUACGAUCUAAAGAAGAAGACUUGUAGUUGUUUUUCUAUGCCAGAUGGCAUUUUAGAAGUCCCUCCUUUUGACACUGAGCUUAAGGUUUUGAAUGGUUGUUUGUGUCUUUCUCAUCAUGAUGAUAAUUUUGUUGUGUGGCUAAAGAGGGACUUUAGUGAUGAAAAAUCUUGGUCAAAGUUGCUGAAUUAUAAGAAUCGUCCUUCAACUUGUUAUUGCUGUCGACAUUACAUGGAAAUAAUUUGUAUGCGUGAGAAAGAUGAUGUUGUGCUGCUUGCAGAAACAGGUUUGCAAGCAGAAUUUACCUUGUGCAAUAUCAGAGACAAUAGAAUAAAGCGGGAGGGAGAAAGGCAGAAACCGCGAGUAUGCGUUAUUGAAGUGGAGAGCACUUCGUUCAUCUUCCAGAACAGUGUUAUUGUUAUUCAACCUGUGUUGUUCUUACUGAAAUCCUCUUUGUCUGAAAAUCCUUGUUCUUCGUUUCCCCACUGUUGCUCUUCGUGGAAACGUUUUCGUUUACCCACGGCACGAAAGGUUUGGUGGUUCGUUGUUGAUAUUCAUUUUGGCGGAAAUGAGCCAUUUUUGUUGUAG